AUGGUGAAAACUAUUCAAAAACAUCAAAAACACCUGGAAAAUAAUUUAGUAGUUGAAGAGCUGGAUGACGAACCUGAGCCCGCCAUCGAAACCGAAGAAGACUUUACCGGUCAAUCGGCUGACACAUCACAAACAGGCCAGAAUGUGUUCUCUGCGAUAAAUCUUGGGAAGGAAAUCGACGUCAACCAAAUUUUUUCGAAAACUCCAGUUGGACGAGAGAUUCAAGAAUUCUUGAGUGCAGGCAAUAAACCAAACGACGAAUGGAUGAAAAAGAUAACACAUGUCGUUUGUGACUGCAUGGCAGCUGUUUACGGCGUGAGACCAGAAACAUUCUACAAAGAAAUGCUUGCUCGAUCUUUGGUGAAGACGUAUCCAAUACUGGCUUCAACUGCAUCGGUCGUUCCUCACGCACUUUGGUUUUAUGAGAACGGUCGCGGUGUAGGAGCCCAUGGUGGCAAAAUUCAAUACCGGAUGGAGUAUUUGGCAAAAAAAUCACAACGGCGUCUUUUUCACCGAAACCAUCAUGCUCAAGCAUCAGCUACUGUGCCACUCAUGGAUACUCAGGAUAAUGACGAAUCAAAUAUUGAGGAAUUGAUUAAUGGAUUACAAUUACAAAUACCUACGGAUCAGACGAAGCCUCGAAUAUUUUAUUUAUGGAAGCGAACGUUGCAUUAUCGUAACAACCUUAGAAAGAACGCAACGCUCCUGCAAUUUAUAAAGGAUUUUCCGGUUACUGCAGCCUUCGAAGGACAACUGAUAACCCUUGAUUUUGAGUCACUGCAUCCAAAUGCACCACCUUUCCAGGAGAUGUGGGAAUGCAUCCACCCGAAAAUCUUGGAUCAAUUUCAAGACGUUCACAGAUUUUUGAAAAACGAUCUGGUCAGGGCAUUGUGCAUUAUCCGUACCAAAAAUCCGACCAGAGGAGUCAAGCGACCACAUGACAGUGAAAACGAGAAGCAAGCGCGCAAACUCAAUCCGUUGCACGGUAUCGUGGAGUGGAUCAAUCAGGGAAUGGAACUACCACAGCCCGAUGUUCCAAUCAUCGUUGUAUUGGCAGCGUCAUUUGACGUUGGUGAUUGCAAUAUUGUGUGGAGAGACAUCGUACUACCAGUGGGGUCGGAUCUUCUGAACGCUUUCGUUCUAUUGCUGCAAACAUUUGUUGUAUGCAACGUAAAAUGUCGCCCUUCUGAUAAGCUUUUCUAUUCGUUCUUCUACGCAUACUGCUUCAAAAUGGGUUCUCUGAGUACAACUGGCAAUAAGUUUCUCAGUCAAUUAAAUUGA